AUGUUUUAUUCUAGUAAGUCUAAGACCGCAGGACAGUCAGUGUCUAGUAUUAAUCCAAUGUUUUAUUCUAGUAAGUGUCAGAUCGCAGAACAGUUUGCUACAGAAUAUCCAGGGAUGUCACUUCAUGAACAUCUAUCUCAGUUCUCACUGCCAACACCACUUGGAGAACAUGCCAGUCCGCUCUGGUCACCACAACAGAAGGUGAUUUUUCUCUAUUAUUAUUUCUUUCUGUCUUUAUUAAUUAUUGUGUGAAUAAGUUGCCCUUUACCUACUUGAGCAGGCUUGAAAACACUACUCACUUUUGUUUUUAUAAUCACAAAAUGUGGUCAGGCUAUAAGCAUUUACCUGUCUUACUUUAUUAUUUUGUUAUGCUGCAAAGGGGGAAAAUUGUAUUUCUAUGGCUCUCUUAAAAACUUAACAUUAUUUUCCACGUUUAAGAUUGAUCAAGUUCAACGAGUGAUAUGGAUGCUGAAACAACAUCUGCUUAUUCAGGUAAAACAUCGAAUAGAUUGAUUUCGUGCGAUGGCAGAUGACAUCGUGAAAGAAUAAUCUUCUUUCAUUAUAUAAUCAUCUUGUAUUUGACAUGUUUUAAAAAAAAGUUUUCUAUCUAUUGUUUUAGCUUCACAUGUAUAUCUAUCUUAUUCCUGGCAAGUCAAGUGAAAUGUUUUCUAAUGAGGAAACGUUUUCUAUCUAUUGUUUUAGCUCCACAUGUAUAUCUAUCUUAUUCCUGGCAAGUCAAGUGAAAUGUUUUCUAAUGAAGAAAAUUUGUCUUCAGAUCUACACUCUGAGAUAUCCGACCCAGAUGAUCUCAAGCUCUUUACAAGGUAUUGAUCGCAUCAUGCAUGCUACGAACCUGAUAAUCACCACUUCAGUCACAUUGUCGGCCCUCAGUUCAAUCUAUUUGUGUGCAUACAAAACCAAACUCUAAUAGUCUCCAUUGUAUUUUUUAGACUGUGUCGUUACUUUAGUGGCAAUCAUCAUUUAGAAGAGAUAAUGUAUUAUGAAAAUUUACGAAGAAAUCAACUUCUGACAUUGCUGGAGAAGUUUCGUAAAGUUUUGUUCAUUUGUCAGCAUGAGGAUCCUGCAACUGUUUAUCAUACUCCCCAACUCUAGUGUAUGGGUAUGUGGUAUGCAAUCUAGUAUACUAACAGGACUCUGGUGAGGGAAGUUUACAAUUGAUCCUCCCAAAUGGAAAGGUUCUCUCACAUAUGCCGAAAAUCCACCUGAGACUCAAAGCACGCAGUUAAAAUAUUUUAAAGAAUUAAACAACUUACGAUGGUUUAUAUGUGCUCCAACUCAAUGUUUGUACGAAAGUCAGCCGUGUAAGUUAAUUGGCACAUCAUCUUGUGUAAAAAUAAAAUUUACCAAUCUUCCACUACAACAAAGAUUCGAUGCAAAAUACAAACUUUCCACCCGGCAUUAAAAAAUGGGCAAGAAAACGACUAAAAAGUAAAAUUUAUUGCCUUAACUUUUUGCCUUCUUUUUCAUUCAAGCUAACUGUUUUGGUGCAAGAAUUGCUUUUCGACAAUUUUGAGAACGUUUCAGAAAGUUUGGAGUGAUUUGUGGCACUCUUUGAAUUUUGAGGAAAAUUUCCUGUGGUCCCCCUUUGGUCAGCCGUAUGCCUGUGGUCCCCCCUUUGCAUUUGACCAAAAUUUUUUAAAACAGGUUUCUAAGUCAAACUUUGGUAGAAAUUUUCUGACGGUUAAGCAUAAUAGAAUCUAUAAUAAAAUACGGAUAAGGAUUCAUUUGCAUAAGUCAUCUCAAAAUGUGUUCUAAAAUUCUCCUGAGACCUGAGCCCAAACUUUCUGCAUCAACAUGCGUUUUGAACCGUUCUAUUGCGAUAUGUUGUUUUGUGUUGUAUUCUUAAAAUUUAGCAAUUUUUAAAGGGCUCGCAGUAAUUGGUGUAUACUGUUGCGGUGACCCUGCCACUUGUUUGUUGAAAGUGACAUCGACAACCUCAACUCUUGGGCCGCACUCAAUGGGUGGACGUUCAAUGAUACGAAAUGUAAGUGUCAUGCAUGCAGCGCGAGGAGAAAAACCUUCAAACUAUCCAUACGCUAUGAAUGGCUCAAUAUUUGAUGCCGUGAAGCAGGAAAAAACCUUCAAACUAUCCAUACGCUAUGAAUGGCUCAAUACUUGACGCCGUGAAGCAGGAGAAAAACCUUCAAACUAUCCAUACGCUAUGAAUAGCUCAAUACUUGGUGCCGUGAAGCAGGAGAAAAACCUUCAAACUAUCCAUACGCUAUGAAUGGCUCAAUAUUUGAUGCCGUGAAGCAGGAAAAAACCUUCAAACUAUCCAUACGCUAUGAAUGGCUCAAUACUUGACGCCGUGAAGCAGGAGAAAAACCUUCAAACUAUCCAUACGCUAUGAAUAGCUCAAUACUUGGUGCCGUGAAGCAGGAGAAAAACCUUCAAACUAUCCAUACGCUAUGAAUGGCUCAAUAUUUGAUGCCGUGAAGCAGGAAAAAACCUUCAAACUAUCCAUACGCUAUGAAUGGCUCAAUACUUGACGCCGUGAAGCAGGAGAAAAACCUUCAAACUAUCCAUACGCUAUGAAUAGCUCAAUACUUGGUGCCGUGAAGCAGGAGAAAAACCUUCAAACUAUCCAUACGCUAUGAAUGGCUCAAUAUUUGAUGCCGUGAAGCAGGAAAAAACCUUCAAACUAUCCAUACGCUAUGAAUGGCUCAAUACUUGACGCCGUGAAGCAGGAGAAAAACCUUCAAACUAUCCAUACGCUAUGAAUAGCUC